CUUUAACACAAUGACUCUUUUGAACCUUAGCCUCUCAGAAGCCCAGACAUUCCAAGAGUCGCGCUGAAGAUCUCCGGAUACGUUCUCCGUCGAGGAAGGUACAUCUUGUCAAGCAACCCCGCCAAUCACCCCGCCACGCCUUGACGAUAUCGAACAUCAACACAGCCCUUACAAUGGCUCCUACCGUUCCCAAGUCUGGCAUUUGGGUGCCAGCCGUGACAUUCUUCGACCCCAAAACUGGUCGAUUGGAUCUUCAAGCUCAGAAAAAGUACUUCACCUACCUCAAAUCCACAGGUCUCGCCGGUAUCGUAGUACUGGGAUCGAACGCGGAAGCUCUCCUCCUCACGCGCGACGAACGUAUUGCCAUCACAGUAUGCGCGCGACAAGCUGUCGGUCCAGACUACCCUCUGAUGGUCGGUGUUUCUGGAUUCUCGGUCAUCCAAGUCCAGGAGUACAUUGACGAUGCAAAGAAAGCCGGCGCUGACUAUGGUCUGCUUCUGCCAUCAGCAUACUACGGCCCAGCAACAACAAAAGACGUGGUCUACGGAUUCUACGAUGAAGUCGCAAAAUCAUCGCCCCUUCCCAUCGUCAUCUACAACUUCCCAGGUGUUGCGAACGGCAUCGAUCUCGACAGCGUCACCAUCUCUGCUCUUGCAAAGGCGAACCCAGGAAAGAUUGUCGGGGUCAAGCUCACAUGCGGAAGCGUGGCCAAGAUUACACGUCUCUCAGCUGAGCACCCACCAGAGGACUUCGCAACUUUCGCCGGCCAGGCAGACUUCCUCAUCGGCGGUCUGGCUAGCGGUGCAUCAGGCUGCGUUACAGGCUUUGGCAACGUAUUCCCUAAGACUGUUGUGCAGAUCUAUAACCUCUACCAAGAGGGUAAGCUCAAGGAGGCGUUGGACCUGCACAGGAAGGCCGCGCUCGCGGAGAGCCCUGUCAAGGCUGGUAUUGCCAGUGUCAAGUACGCUGUCAGCCAGUACAGUGCUGUAGCAGCGGGCGUUGAGGAUGCAGAGUCCAAGCUGGCGCCGAGGAAGCCAUACGUGCCCGUCGCUGAUGCUGUGAAGGAGAACAUCAAGAAAACGAUGGGAGCGGUAGCGGAGAUUGAGAAAAGCCUAUAAACUGAAGUAUAUUAGCUUAUACUGUACUUCGAGUCAAGAAUCAAAAGCUUGACUUAUAGUCUUCUGCUCUCGGCUGCCACAUCUCCACCUGCCGUUCUGAUAUUGUGUCCUCCCUUUGCACAUCCGUCCAGAAGUCUCAGUACCCGUCUUUACAGCCAGGCGUAGAGUGCAUGCUAAUCAUCAAUACAGCAACAUAUGCAGUAUAUCUGGAGUGGCCACGGGCUGGUGAUACACA